AUGACGGGUAUGAUACAGGUGAAAGGUAGCGCCGCUACGUACUACAUAUCGUCCAAGAGACUCGUCGGUGACGAGUGGCCGCCGCGGUUCAUGAAGUUCAUCCUCCACUUCUUCGACGGCACACAACUCGCCUUCAUGGACGCCCGCCGCCUCGGCCGCAUCCGUCUCUGCGCGGACCCUCUUCACGAAACGCCCAUCUCUGAGCUCGGGUUCGACCCCAUACUAUCCAUGCCCUCCCGCCAAGACUUCGAAAAACUGAUGACCCGGCGAAAGUGUCCUGUCAAGGCCCUCCUCCUCGACCAGAGCUUCAGCGCGGGCGUGGGCAAUUGGGUGGCGGAUGAGAUAUUGUAUCAUGCGCGGGUGCAUCCUGAGCGGAGGUGUAAUACGUUGACAGGGGAGGAACUGGAUGGGCUGCAUAGGUGGAUGGGAGAGGUCUGUCGGAUUGCGGUCGAGGCGGACGCGGAUUCGGAGAAGUUUCCUGAGGAUUGGCUGUUCAAUCAUCGCUGGGACAAGGGCAAGAAGAAUAAGCCUCAGACGAUGACUUUGCCUUCCGGCGAGCCUGCCACCAUCAAAUGGGUCACGGUCGGCGGACGUACGUCUGCGUAUGUCGACGAGCUGCAGAAAGCACCUGGUUUACCGCCGAAUGCCGUGAAGACAGCCGGAGACUACGGCGAAGUGCUGAAUGACGACGCGAAGAGCGUCCUCACGGAGCUGUCAGACGAACCGGAACCUGCCACCACCGUAUCGAGCAAGCGGAAAAAGCUCUCGAAUUCGAGGAAGCCGCGCAAGAAGCUGCACACAUAG